AUGCUUGAUCCCAGACACAGUCAUCUUCAGAGAGAGAGAGGAUUCAGUCUACCCUCACGUCCACAGGUGACACCUAGAAAGGAGCUGCUGCACGUCCAAGAACAGAUAUAUCGAGGACCUAAGCCUACUAUCCCCAGCCUGACAGCAGUAGAUCCCCGACAGUUUUCCAGACUGCGGAUGGCACUAGAAAACCUUCUGCCAGCAGAUGCGAGUGAGCGCUUCAAGUAUCAGAUUCUGACUGAUCAUCUGGAGCUAGAAGAGGCCUUGCUAGUGGCUGACUCCUACUGUAACUCUGUGAGACCAUAUACAGACACAAUGCAAGCUCUUGUGAAGAUGUAUGGGCAGCCACACAGGCUUGUGCUGCGGAGUAUCGCUGAAGUACUGGAAGGUCCCAAUCUCAAGCCAGGUGACGUGAAAGCAUUCAAACUCUUCGCCCUUCGAGUGCGCUCACUAAUUCGUUUUAAGAGAUACGUCCACCCGUUUAAGAUCACAGUUCCCACACUUCUCGACUUUGCAAACUGGUUAGAGUACGAGCUUCAGGUCCAAGAUGAUACUGCCAAAUCAGUCAUGUAUGCUCCACCCUUACCUAGUAAGAAAAGAGAAGGUCGUCAUGACACCAAGCCUCCAGGCAGAUCUACGAGCAUCCUGCUGGGUACUGAGAAGCCCACUGUUGACAGUGAAUGCAGAGCGCAUAUUCCAGAGUCCAGACCCAGCUUGGCCAGAUGCACACUGAAGGCUCUGUGCAAGACCUGCAACAGGAAACACCUGUUUAUACUGCAUGACCUGAAUGAGCGAGCUUUGAAUACCAAUGCUGAGACUGAUCCCAAGGAGAACUCGUGUCUUGUGAGUUCCACGAAAGACAUCUUGUAUGCAGACCGUUCGGUCGGCAGCCGCAGAGUCCUCUUGAAAGUUAGUAAAACUCAGCAACUGAACCUCAAGGGGCAACCAGAAGAUCUGAUCCUGCGCACAGUGAGACAAGAUCAGCAGGUGCUUCAUGGGGCGGCUGUCUCCUUCACGGGGGGUCCUGCAGCAGUCAGAACCCGCCUUGGAUGGACUCUUCAAGGUCCUACUCAUGAGGUUCGUCGUGAGAUCAACACACACCAGUGUUUCUUUACAUCCGUUCUCCCCAACACAGACUUGUUUGCUCAUGUCGAGCGACUAUGGCAAAUGGAUGUGAUUCCCUAUCGCAGUGACAAGAUAGCAACACGAUCCAAACUAGAUCAAGAAGCCAUCAGACUGCUGCAGGAGAAGACUGUGCGAGUGGAAGUGGAAGGUACGAUGCGGUAUGCCACACCACUCCUUCGUAUGCAGAGUAUGCCAUGCUUAACUAUGCCCAAGGAAGCUGUUCUCCCUCAGCUUAGGAGUGUAGAGAGGAGACUGCUUAAGAAUCCAGAGCAGGAAUCUGCCUACCAGACCGAGAUCACCAAACUGAAGGAAGCAGGUUAUGUGGCCAAGCUGGAACCGAGAGAGGAGGAUAGUUCCACAGAGUCAUGGUACAUCCCGCACCAUAUGGUUCAGCACAAUAACAAGAACCGGGUCGUCUACAACUGCUCCUUUCAGUUUGAAGGCCACAGCCUUAAUGAGUUUCUCCUUCCAGGACCCACACUAGGCUCAUCACUGCUAGCAGUCCUGCUCCGCUUUCGAGAGCACUCUGUCGCCAUAAGCAGUGAUAUUCGUGGUAUGUUUCACCAGGUGAGGCUGCUUCCUGGUGACAUGCCAUUGCUCCGAUUCCUGUGGCGAGACUUGAAACCUGAGCGACCCCCCGACGUGUACCAGUGGCAGGUGCUCCCCUUUGGCACCACAGAUCAUUUUUACGUCGACAAUUGCCUGCACAGUCUUCACUCCCCCCAAGAGGCUAGAGACCUAGUUGAUCAACUUCGAGCACUUCUAGCUACCGGAGGCUUCGAACUUCGACAGUGGGCCAGCAAUUGUCCAUCUGUGAUUACUCACCUCCCCGCUGAAUCGAGAUCCAGUACCUGUGACCUCUGGCUCAGUCAAGGCCAACAAGACGUCCACGAGUCUACACUUGGACUGCAGUGGCAUUGUCAGUCUGAUACUUUACGUUACAAGCAUCGAUCCAGAUGCUCUUCUUCUGUAACAAUGCGUCAGAUCUACCGAGUACUAGCGAGCCAAUAUGAUCCUCUUGGAUAUCUUAUCCCUUACACCACCCGAGCUAAGAUAUUAGUACAGCGCCUGUGGGACAAGAAGCGCGACUGGGACGACCCACAGUUGCCUAAGGAACUGCUUGCAUCAUGGCACAAAUGGGAGAAGGAGUUGAGUGGACUAGAGGAGAUCUCUUUGCCCAGGUGCUAUUCUCAAUCACAGAAAGAUCACUCAUCCUGUAGAUAUGACAUUCAUGUUUUCUGUGAUGCCUUGGAGCAGGCAUACGGUUCAGUGGCCUAUCUGUGUAUAGAGCACAAAGAGAGUCAAGUCGAAGUUGCCUUCAUUGCCGCCAGGUCCCGGGUAGCACCUCGCAAGCAACAAUCCAUACCACGCCUAGAGUUGUGUGCUGCCCUUAAUGGAGCACAGCUAUCCCAGCUUCUGACCACAGAGCUUACAAUUCCUAUCUGCUCCACUACACUCUGGUCUGACUCCACCACUGUGCUUACGUGGUUGACAUCCAGCUCAUGUCGUUACAAGGUGUUUGUGGGAACAAGGGUAGCAGAGAUCCAAGAGAUGACAGCUUCCGCCAUCUGGUGCUACGUCAAAUCUUCAGACAACCCAGCAGACGACAUCACUCGUGGCAAGCCUCUUGGAGACCUCUCCAGAGAAAGCCGAUGGAGCCAGGGGCCGGCAUUUCUUAAGCUUCCAUUAGAUUGUUGGCCUGAGCAGCCUCGUUUAUCACUUGAAGAGCCAAGCUGCGAACUAAGACAGUCAUCCUUCUCUGGGUUAGUGACCACUACUGCACCCUCAGCUAAGCUGCAGCACUAUGUCACACUGGCAGAGUGCCUGAAUGCCUACGGGCAGGAGCUUCACGGGGCGGCCUACACCUCCAGUGCUGACCUCCAAAGGGAUGUUCAACAUGCAGUCCUUCGUCAAGCUCAAGCAGAGUCUUUCCCUGAUGAGCUGAGACUUCUGAAGUCUGGGAAACCCAUAUUAUCUACAAGCAGACUGAUCACACUCUCCCCGGAGCUUGAUGCUGCUACUGGACUUAUUCGAAUAGGAGGUCGUCUACGCCACUGUGAGGUACUGGAAGAGGACGCUGUACAUCCAGCUGUUCUAGACCCUCGACAUCCAAUCACUGUGCUAAUCAUAAAGGAUUAUGAUGAGAGGCUACAUCAUCCAGGUACAGAGAGGUUGUUUGCAGAAAUCAGGAGGACGUACUGGAUACUAAGAGGUCGUGAAGCUGUCCGUCGGUACCAACGCCAGUGUACAGAGUGUAGGAAGUGGAGAGGACGCCCAGAAGUACCUCUCAUGGCUGACCUGCCCCUCACCAGACAGAGAUACUUCCGUCCAGCUUUCUACUCAUCUGGCAUGGACUGUUUUGGCCCCUUCCUCAUUAAGAUCGGCCGACGUAAUGAGAAGAGGUGGGGCAUAAUCUUUAAAUGCAUGACUACAAGGGCAACCCAUCUUGAUCUUCUCAGUAGUAUUGAUUCUGACUCUUUCCUGAUGGCUCUACGACGGUUUAUUGCUAGACGUGGCAAACCGUACGAGUUAUUGUGUGACCAAGGCACCAACUUUAAGGGAGGAGAACGCGAACUGAAUGAUGCCUUCGCCACCCUCCAAAAUGAGCUACAGAGCCACCUUGCCAAUCAGCAGAUCAAGUUCACCUAUAACCCACCAAGCGCCCCUCACUUCGGCGGGUGCUGGGAGAGGGAGAUCCGCUCCAUCAAGGCAGCACUCAGAGUGACUAUCGGAGCCCAGACUGUUACUGAGGAAGUGUUAAGGACAGUCCUGAUUGAGGUGGAAGGUAUCCUCAAUUCAAAGCCUCUUGGGUAUACCUCCUCUGACGUUGCUGACCUUGACCCGAUCACCCCGUACUGCUUCCUGAUUGGCCGUCGAGAUGCGUCAUUACCCCAAGUCAUCUACCAGGAGUCAGAGAUGCUGAGUCGGCGACGCUGGCGCCACAGCCAACUGCUGGCGGAGCACUUCUGGAGACAUUUUUUGAAGUACUACUUACCAGAUCUUCAAGCUCGCCAGAAGUGGAGAACUGAAAAGAAGGCAUUGGAAAUCGGAGACGUAGUCUUGAUUGUUGAUCCCCAACUUCCUCGAGCCCUUUGGCCUGUAGGCAAAGUCACUCAAGUGUUCCCCGGUGUAGAUGGUCGAGUCCGGACAGCCAGUGUAGAUGUCAAAGGGAAGACUUACACACGAGUUUUGGCCCGUCUCAUCCAGCUUCCAGCACUGCCCGAGGACGACUAAGACCUUUUGUUAGAUGAGCGAAUUCAGUUCCUGGAUUCGGGGGCGGCUGUACAAAAGGCUCUGCCAUCUCUAAGUCCCGGACGAUUCUGCCCAAUCAGAGAGUUCAGCGCAGCAGCAAUGGCAUCACGUGAGUCGGAGCUGAAUCGCAGAAACCACACAUAUGUGUACCCACAAAGUCUUCAGUAAAUCAGACAUCAACCAACUGCAUUGUGUACUUCUCUUCAAUUAAGAAAUCAUCUCACUCAGCCCUGACAGACUGCCUACAGUGUUUCACACCCCCAUAAUUAACACAUCAACGAACCCUACA